CGUGGUGUAGCAUAGCUUUCCCAGGUGUUCUCGUGCUGGUGAAGUCCAUUCUUUAUGAGUAUCACUCUUUAGUCAGAAAUGGGUGGGCCUAGUUCUGCUGUGUUGACAGUAUGUUUUAUGUUUUAUUGACUUCAGGGGAGUUGCUUCUGAAUUUAUGCUGUUGUGAGUGCUGAAUCAGACCCAGGAGCUUGGCUUUAUCUGUGUAACUUUUGGUUGCCUCGUGUGGGUUUUAUGAGCCUGCAUACAUUGACCCCAUUGUUUACUUUUUAAAGUAUGCAUGAAUUUUUUUUUUUUUUUUUUGAAUGGUUAAAGCCAUAUUUUUGCCUUGAGAUCAGCAGGGCGAAACUACACAUAAAGGAAAAGAAACUGUGGAGCUGCAGUCAUGUUCUGUCAUUAGGUUAAUUCUGUUUUUUUUGGAAAUUUGGAUCUAAACGAUUAUCUGAGUUGAAAAUUGUUGUGCGUUAAUGCAGUACUGUUUCCUUUGGAGCUGGUAAGGAUUCUGCCAUCAGCAGAAUAUGGGGGAGGAGUAUGAAGGUCUCACCAUGGUAGAGUGAAAGUAGCCAAAGGAAAUUCCUGGAGUCCUGCCAGUCCUCUGGCAGGAAUAACAGUAUUUUGUGGCAUGUAACCCUCAUAUACUGUCUGGAAUUAGUGCACGCAUCUGUGUUGGGUGUUGUGUGAGAAAACAGGUAAUGAUGCUGCACCAGGGAGGAUUCUGGUCUGGGAACACUGUGUGUAAUGAGAGGGUAGGAUGAGAAAAGUGCAGUUUUUCCUCCUCAUCUCGGAACAGGGUUUUCAAGACAGCCUUGUAAAUGAAUGUUCUUGGAGGAUGUCUUAUCUACAACUUGUCUUUAAAGAGUAAAAGCCCUGCUUUGCACAUAAGCAGGCGUUGUCUUUCUGUGUCCUGAAAAGUCUGAAAGCACUGGACUGUUUUGUGUGGUGUUCAGAAACUAAAGGACAAAUCUUGUGCUGCAAAUUGUUGUUGCUCCACUACAACCGGCAGAGCACGGCGGAUUGACUCUGGUGAGAGAUGUGAAGUCACCUCCCCAGCCUCAUGUAUACAUGUUUAAAAGCAGACACAGCUCUUUUCUGUGGGACUUCUCUCAAAAAUACCCCACAACUAUUCUUUUUCCUCACUCCACCAGCUCCAGAAUGUGAAUGUCGUCUGGCCAAAUGCCCAGGACUAAAUACAGUGCUCUAAACAAGGUCUCACAAGUGGCUUGUACAGGAAAAGGAAAAAAAACCACAAUAGCCAGAUACUUUUUUUACUCUUGAAUGGUUCUUUUGCGCUUUUUAAAUUUUUUUAAUCAAAAAUUACCCUUUUGGCUUCUACUUUAUAUUUGCUAAAUACAAAUCUGUGCUUUCCAGGAAUUAACUCUAGGGCUCCAGCUCAGGUGCCGAUUUUGUUGAAACACAGACACUUGCAACAUGAAAAUAACCCAAAACCUUACUGGUUUUUCUUUCGUGCCUGAUGUGUGUUGUAUAUGUUGACAUUCCCUUCUUGACUGUAGAUCUGUAGCCUCGUCUUCCUCCAAAUCCUUUGAUUAUUAUUUUCUCCUAGUGGAUGAUGAGUUUUGAGCACAUGCCAAGGCGUGUCUUUAAAUGCGUUUGAGAGGGACUGUGUGGAAAUCGAGGGGAGCAUUGGCUUGGCUCCCUGGCUCAGGUGCCCGCUCAGGUGCUCAGUGCAAAAAGCCAGAUGCUGUGGCACGGGGGAUUCUCCCGUGUGGAGCUGUGGAUGGAAUUCCCAGCUGCUGUGUUCCAGCCCAACCUGUGUGCCUGAGCCAGCGUGCCGAGGUGCUGCUGUGUACUCCCUCUCUGUGCUGGUUCUGGGAUCGAGGCACACAGUGGAGCCUUCUCAGGGAAGAUGUCGUCUUUGACAAUGAAAACGCGUUGUGUGGACAAAAGAGGAAGUUUCUUUAAGCUCAUUGACACAAUUGCCUCAGAAAUCGGAGAAUUGAAACAGGAGAUGGUACACACAGAUCUCACAGUGGAAGAUGAAGCUGCUGAUUGGAGAAGUCUAAUAAAGGAUAUGGAUAAUGUCUCUCCUGAGAAAAACGAUGUAAAAAGCUGUCCCCGGGACUCUGGAUAUGACAGCCUAUCCAACAAGCUGAGCAUAUUGGACAAGCUCCUCCAUACUCACCCUGUGUGGCUGCAGCUUGGUCUGAAUGAUGCUGAAGCCAUGGAAAUUUUGCAGACACAGCCUCCUGGGAUAUUUCUGGUUAGGAAAUCUGCAAGGCUGCAGAAGAAAGUAAUCUCUCUACGUCUGUCCAGUGACUCUGGGUCCUGCCUGAAAGAAUUUGCCAUAAAAGAAAGUACAUACACGUUUUCCUUGGAGGGAUCUGGAAUAAGUUUUGCUGAUUUAUUCAGACUCAUUGCUUUCUACUGUAUUAGCAGGGAUGUCCUUCCAUUCACACUGAAGUUGCCUCAUGCAAUUGCUGCAGCAAAGACAGAAGCCCAACUUGAAGAGAUUGCUCAGCUUGGACUGAACUUUUGGAGCUCCCUGGCUAACAGCAAACCCCCGGAUCCUUCACCUCCUUGUAGGCCUGUGCCUUUGGACAGUGCUCGCAAAGACUCACGCCAGCUCUGCCUUAUAAAUGGAGUGCAUUCUAUACGAACCAGAACGCCUUCAGAGCUGGAGUGCAGCCAGACCAACGGAGCGCUGUGUUUCAUUAAUCCCCUCUUCUUGAAAGUGCACAGCCAGGAUGUCGGUGGAAGUCUGAAAAGGCAGAGCCCAAGAGCUCCAGACGUGAAUGGCACGGCGAGGCCUCGCUCCCCCCCUCCCCGGCCGCCUCCUCCCGCUAUUAAUAGCGCCCUCACGAGCCCACAGAUUUGCAGGACUAUAAAGCAGGCGAGCAUGCCAGAAACGGCCAACCAUCCGAAGGAGAGAGGCUCGGAUUUGCUGCAGAGCAAGCCCACCCCGAUUCCGCCUCCGCGGCUGAAGAAGCAGGCCGUGGUGUCGGAGGCGGACGGUGCCGCCAGGAGCGCGGCGGCGGCGGCAGCACGGCCUGGCUCCGCUCGCCAGCCCCAGGCGGCCUCCGCUCCGGGCCGGGCCCUGCCCGAGCCGGCUCCAGCAGAGCCCAGAAAGCCGGCUGCCCUCUGUGAGUCACACAUCCCGUGGGAUGCGGGCCGCCAGAGACUGAGCGACAUGAGCAUUUCCACCUCGUCGUCGGACUCGCUGGACUUGGAUCGGAGCAUGCCGCUCUUCGGCUACGAGGGGGACACCAACAGCAGCCUGGAGGACUUGGAGGGGGAGAGUGACCAGGAGAGCAUGGCACCCCCUCUGAAGCCCAAGAAGAAAAGAAGCAGUUCGUUUGUUCUCCCCAAGAUUGUGAAAUCUCAGCUGCGGAAAGUCAGCGGAGUUUUCAGUUCCUUCAUGACCCCUGAGAAGAGGAUGAUUAAGAAAAUUGCCGAGAUGUCCCGGGACAAACGCACCUAUUUUGGAUGCUUAGUACAGGACUAUGUCAGUUUUCUCCAAGAAAACAAGGAGUGCCAUGUUUCGAGCACCGAUAUGCUGCAAACAAUUCGUCAGUUCAUGACCCAAGUCAAGAACUAUUUGUCCCAAAGCUCCGAACUUGAUCCUCCAAUCGAAUCACUCAUUCCCGAAGACCAAAUAGAUGUUGUGCUGGAGAAGGCCAUGCAUAAGUGCAUUCUGAAGCCACUGAAGGGUCACAUUGAAGCCAUGUUGAAAGAGUUUCACACCACGGAUGGUUCCUGGAAGCAACUGAAGGAAAACCUGCAGCUGGUGCGGCAGAGGAAUCCUCAGGAACUGGGCGUGUUUGUUCCCACUCCAGACUUUGUGGACGUUGAAAAGAUUAAAGUCAAGUUCAUGACUAUGCAGAAGAUGUAUUCACCCGAAAAGAAAGUCAUGCUGCUGCUGAGAGUUUGCAAAUUGAUUUACACUGUUAUGGAGAAUAACUCAGGGAGGCUGUACGGAGCUGAUGACUUCUUGCCUGUGUUGACAUACGUGCUAGCCCAGUGUGAUAUGCUGGAGCUGGACACUGAAAUUGAAUACAUGAUGGAGCUGCUGGAUCCAUCCUUGCUGCAUGGAGAAGGAGGCUACUACUUGACAAGUGCUUAUGGAGCACUUUCACUGAUCAAGAACUUCCAGGAAGAGCAAGCUGCCCAGCUGCUCAGCUCAGAAGCCAGAGAUACUCUCCGGCAGUGGCACAAGAGGAGGACAACAAACAGGACAAUACCUUCAGUCGAUGAUUUUCAGAACUACCUUCGUGUUGCAUUCCAGGAAGUCACCAGUGGCUGUACGGGCAAGACUUUGCUAGUGAGGCCGUAUAUCACUACCGAAGACGUAUGUCAGCUUUGCGCCGAGAAAUUUAAAGUGGCAAACCCAGAAGAAUACAGGCUGUUUCUUUUUGUUGACGACACCUGGCAACAACUGACGGAGGAUACGUACCCUCAGAAGAUCAAGGCGGAGCUGCACAGCCGCCCGCAGCCGCAGGUCUUCCACUUUGUCUACAAGCGCCUGAACAGUGACCCAUAUGGGGCCGUCCUCCAGAACAGCAGCGACUCUGCCCCCUAAAGCCAGCAGCGUGGCAGUUUUAUGUCUGUUCCUUGGCAGUUGUCACAAACAUCUUUGUUGGCUGCGUCCCUUAGGAGCUAAAACAGGUCUUAAACCUUAAGUGCCUGGUGAAAUAAAACGCGUUGCGGUGCUGACGUUCGUGACGUUGCUCACAGGAGCCAGGCACGCUGUGCCCUUGGCCAGUGAUGCAGAAUAUUCCACCAGCAUGUCUGAGGAGACAGCCCAGGAGGCUGCAUAUCUUGUACCACGGGCUCUUUUGCAGCAUAUUUUACUGUGGCCCUUCACAGGUCUUGGCUGUAGUGUAAAAAAUACGAUUUUCGUCCACUCGUUUCCACAGCUGUCAUUUGGAUUGCAGUGAGACGAGCGUGUCUGAACUGGCCAGAGCGAGCUCAGUUCCACCUGCAGGAGUUUGACAAGACUGUCCGAUGCAGGGCAUCAGUUCAUUCAGCAUUACCUGGAUGGUUGCAUCCUUGUCCAGUGUUUUUUGAGUACAGAAAAUCAUCGUGUUUAUAUAUAUAUAUAUAUAUAUAUAUAUAAAUAGAUAUUUUAUAGCAGUUGCAGGUAAACUGUCAGGGUUGAUUUUUGAAAUAUUUUUUUAACUAUAAAAUAUUCUAUAAUUAUGCAUGUGAUUUUUAACAUUUAAUACACAAGAAUAAAUCUCUUGCUGGUUUUAGAGUCUUGCAUUGAAA